CCAAGAAGUGAAGAAGCGUCUUUGACUCAUUCUUGUCACCUGCAGAUCUUCAAUGGCUUUAGAUAGUUGAUUUUGUUUCAAAUGGGUUGGAAAGCAGCUGAGAAGCUUAUUAGGCACUGGAAGGUUCUUAGAGGAGACAAUGUGAUGAUCAUAAGAGGCAAAGACAAGGGUGAGACCGGUAUCAUUAAGCAAGUCAUUCGCUCUCAGAAUCGUGUAAUCGUGGAGGGCAAAAAUCUGGUAUCAGUCUUACUCUAUUAUUGUCCCAUCUUGUUGGAAACAUCCAAUGGCUUUAGACUUCAAAUGUAGGACCAUUUCCAUUAACGGCAGGAAGGAUUUAAGUUUCAGUCUAGCGCCUUUUACAGUAAGGGCUGGAGUAUACCAUCUAUUGCCUUCGAUUUAUGCUAGCAUGUAAUGCCUAGUUGCGGGAUACAAUAAGAAAAACUGCGAGGCACACUUCGAUGUGGGACUACCAGGUUC